CCUCCGAUAUCAUCAUCUCGGAUCCGAUCAAGACUAUACCCUCCUUCCACCAGGUACAUUAGGUGUUAGCUAGCGCCUCCAAUCUGGGUCUUCCCCUUUCCUACUGCCCCAUCGGCCGGCAUCCCUUCCUGCCCAGGCCAGAUCGGUACCAGGGCGGUCCGCGUCACCCUCGGCCCAUGAUGGAUAUUGCACGGUGCUACCUUGGCACGCUCCUAUAAUAACGACGGCAGCCGGGAUCGUGACCGCUGAGCUUGGUUCCGCGUGCCGGAGCACGGACUUCAAUACGAGCAGCCAUGGCACCACAGCAACGGGGACGUGCCACCAACGGGCGCGAAUCGAAUGGCAACCGCCGCAGCUCAUCAGCCUCACAGGAGGCAGAGGAGCCUUUAGCCACCGCCGCCUGCGAAAACUGUCGCACACGCAAGGUCCGCUGCGACCGGCAGAUCCCGCAGUGCUCGAAUUGCAUGAAAGCCGGGGUGCCUUGCGAGUUUCCCAACCGCGGAAAACGGAUCAAUCAUGUCAAGCAGCUCGUCGAGGAUGUCUCAGGCCUCGCCUCUCGCCUCGAUUCCAUCGACCAGGCGAUCAACACUCUCGUGCAGAAUGUCUCAGCACUACAGGCCGCCUCCCUGGCGGCUACGGAUUCAUCGUCACGAUCAAGCACACUGGUUCUGCCGGAGCUUUCGCCCGGCCCGGAUGUGGAAGAAAUGGAGUCGAUCUUCUAUGCGAGCUACUGGGACGGCGGGAAUCGAAGUGAUCCCCGGGGGGUCACCUCACCUCUCCCCGCAGGACGGGACAGGUCCUUGGGCCAUAUCGGCGCGCGGUCACUGUUCGAGAACUCCCGGCGAACCCUGGCCAGUCUGCUUGAGCAAAUGCGCAGUGGCGCAAGUGAAGAGCAGGACUCCAGCGUCCACAAAGGAUGGGCCGGCGGGUUGUCGGCAUCACCGCAGGCCGGCGUCCUUCAAUCCACGUUGGAGAACAAAUACGAACUAUAUCCCUUCGCGCAAGGUCUCGAUCCUUCACCGGUCACAGGGGAUGGACAGGCCGUGGCAUCGCCACCACGCUCACUCCUCGAGACAUGUCUUCCCGUUUACCUCGAGUACUUCAAUGUCACGAUACCCGUGUUUAACGAACAUUGCCUGAAGGAAGCCAUCAACUCCUACUACGCCAAUGGAUCGAGUCGGUCGGACGAGGCGUACCAUCUAUGUUUCAACAAUAUCAUCGUGCUCGCGCUGGGGCUACGCUCCCGCCUCACCCGCAUGGACCGCACCUACCCCAAGGGCAUGAGCGAUGAGUUACUUCCCGCAUUUCUGAACAACUCCUUUCGAGCCUUUCAACGCUUGAGUACCUUUCAGCAACCACGCCUGGUCUGCGCUCAGGCCUUGGCCACCCUGGCCAUGGUGGCUCGGGAAUACCAUGAAAGCCGUGUGUUUGAUACCGUUUGCCACGCUACCUCUCAGACGGUUAAGUCCAUGGGUCUGCAGCAACAUAAUUCCUCGGGCUGCGCCAGCCUCUCGACAGCGGACGAGGAGCGACGCGAUCUGUAUUGGGCCGUCUUCGUCAUGGACAAGCAGCGGACCUACAUGGCGGGCCGACCGUUUGACCUGCACUUUUAUGAUUCCGACGUGCAGCUGCUACGUACGAUGGCGGGCCAAAGCUUGGUUCAACACUACCGGACGGCCCACGUCCACAUGAUGGCGGUGUGGGAAGAGAUCUACAUCUAUCUAUACUCGGCCCGAGCCUUCCGCCGCGGCCCCGCCUAUCGCCAGAGCCAGAUUGCCAAGCUGGACGGCAUGACCCGCAGCUGGUACGCGCGCAACGGCUCGCUGCUCGCCCAGUCCGGCCCCGCCGAGAUGUCCGCCCUCGAAGGCUGGCGCCUCGAGCUCAAAUACGCCUUUCACAUCGGCCAGGUGUUGGUGCAUCGCUUUUCCCGCGAUCAAAGCAGCCAGCAUGUGGCCCUGGCCAAUUCGCGGGCGGCCCUCCGCAUCAUCUGCGAGGUGUAUCACACCAAGCAGACCGAAGCGUCGAUCUCACUUCUCGCUAGGUUGUUCCGACAUUACCCGCAGGUCAGCAUCCAUGGACUCUUUGCGUCAUUUCUGGCCAAUCCAACGGUCGAUCUGCUGGAAGACUUAGACUUGAUCGACGGGGUCGCGGAGGCUCUGUCCCCCCUCUGCGAUGCGAACCUGCCGACAUCGUGUCUGCACCAGGUGAAUGAGGGCAUUCAGUGGUAUCGCGACAUAGCCAAGGCCUUCCAGGAUCAUUUUGAGGCCCUGCCGUCGCGUGCCUCUGACCCGUAUCCGUUCGCUUCCCCUCCGCGGGCUCAUGAGACAUCUCCGACCGGGUCUCGAGCCCCGUCCUACCGCGCGCGAUCGGACAGCCCUCCUCAAAAGCGCCGUCGGAUGUAUCCGACCGGCUUUGACGAUAGCAAUAUCUUCGGGGUAGCCACCAAUCCGCCGCCAGAAUCAUCCACCACACCCUGGGCGGUCCCAGACGCUGAAACGACUGUGACGGUGAACAGCCUUUCGCUCCCGGCUUCAAGCGGUUCUGUUCCUCGCCUCUCAUCCUCUGUUGACGAGCAUGGUGAGCGCAGUAGUCGGGGCAGCAGUAGCAGUGGGAGUAUGCGGCCUCCUUUACGCGCCGACGACGAGUUGUCGCGAUUUCUUCAGGAUGCGCUGCCCAUUACAUCUGUGUCUCGAUGUCGACCAUCAUCCCCGCCCAUGUUGACGCCUAGCAUGGGUGAGGCCGCACCUUCGGCCUCCAUACCGCUGCCCAUGCACUUUUUCCCCCAGACCCCUCAGGGCGUUGAGGAGGGUCUGGACGGGGGGAUGUUUCCUUUUUACAUCCCGGAGCCUGAUAUGGCGGAGGCGUGGAACGGUGAUCUUCGUGACUUGACCGUCCCAGAGGAAUUCUUCCUUCCGGCUUCGUAGAGAGGCCUUGUUGCAUGAUCAAUGGCAUUAGAUAAGGACGGUCUUGAGUCACCAGUUCCAUCGGUCUGACUGAACCACCUCGCAGCCCACCGCGACCAUUGUCCCGAAUGUGCUCAGGAACUUACGUAUCCGAAAAGACUCACGCCACAGUAUGCAAAUGGGACGCUCUGAGCAUCUCGUAGCAAUAUAUUUCUCCUCGAGGCAUCCAUUUUGGUGAUAGAUAGUAUGUCACUUGGUAUCAAUCAGAUUAUAUAGUCCUAAUGUAAUCUAAAGACCGUCCACCUUG